AUGCCCGCAAAGUCGCGAUUCACAAGGCUAGAUGCCUUCGCCAAGACCGUCGAAGAUGCGCGCAUUCGUACCAACUCCGGCGGUAUUAUCACAAUUGCCUCCUUGCUAGUCGUCUUGUGGUUGGUUUGGGGAGAGUGGGCUGACUACCGCCGAAUUGUGAUACACCCGGAGCUUAUCGUGGACAAGUCGAGAGGCGAGAGAAUGGAGAUCCACUUGAACAUGACGUUCCCCCGGCUGCCAUGCCAGCUUCUGACACUGGAUGUCAUGGAUGUUUCUGGUGAGCAGCAAGUGGGCGUUGCGCACGGUGUGAACAAGGUUCGCCUGGCCUCUGCUGCAGAGGGAGGCAAGGUCAUUGACGUCCAAUCAUUGGAUCUACACUCCCCCGCCGAUGCCGCCAAACACUUAGACCCUAACUAUUGCGGUGAGUGCUACGGAGCAACCGCGCCCGCCAAUGCGGCCAAGGAAGGCUGCUGCAACACUUGCGACGAAGUGCGUGAGGCAUAUGCGCAAAAGUCAUGGGCCUUUGGUAUUGGAGAGAACGUGGAGCAAUGCACCAGGGAAGGAUACGGCGAGAAACUGCAGGCCCAGCGUCGUGAGGGAUGUCGCAUUGAGGGUGUCCUUCGAGUCAACAAAGUGGUCGGAAAUUUCCACAUUGCGCCCGGUCGCAGCUUCACAAACAUGAACAUGCACGCCCACGAUUUGGAAAAUUAUUUCCUGGACAGUCAAUCAGGCGCCGAAAACAUGCACACAAUGGCGCACGAGAUUCACGAGCUCCGAUUUGGUCCCCAGCUACCUGUUGAGCUUGCUGACCGUUGGCAAUGGACCGAGGAUCACCAUAUCAACCCACUUGAUGGAACCUCUCAGACCACCGACGUGCCCGACUUCAACUUUAUGUAUUUCCUGAAGAUCGUUUCGACGUCCUACCUGCCUCUGGGCUGGGACCCGACAUUCUCGUCUGCCAUCCACAGUGCUUAUGAUAAGGCUCCUCUCGGCAGCCACGGCCUCGCCUAUGGAUCUCAGGGCAGCAUUGAAGCCCACGAGUACUCUGUCACCUCGCACAAGCGCUCUCUCAAGGGUGGAAACGAUGCUGCUGACGGACACGAGGAGCGUUUGCAUGCUGCGGGUGGUAUCCCCGGUGUCUUCUUCAAUUACGAUAUCUCUCCCAUGAAGGUGAUAAACCGUGAGACCCGCCCUAAGUCUUUCACAGGCUUCUUGACUGGUGUUUGUGCUAUUAUUGGUGGUACCCUGACAGUUGCUGCGGCCCUAGAUCGUGGCCUCUACGAGGGUGGCAUGCGCAUUAAGAAGAUUCACUCAAACUAG